GAGCGUCGUCGCGCCGCUUCUUUCAAGCAUCACUGUGUUGUCAUCGCAACAUCGACCCCCGCGAACCUAGGUACAUACCUAUAAUCAUCUCCACCGGCCACAGUGCUUUCUACCGAACUCUUCCCCAAUUAUAAACCGCUCCGCAUCGAAUUUUCCAACAUCACGAACCAUGGAGGAAGAGAGCAGCGCCAGCGUCCACGCGAAGGAGGUUACGCGCCUAUGGCGCUCAUGGAGGACAAUCCACGAGAUGGUACAGGAUAGGGGUUACGAACUGGCCGAAGACGAGGUCAAGAUCUCGCUCGACCGCUUCCGCUUAGAGUACACAAAUGACGACGGCAGCCCCAACCGCUCGAAAAUGCAGUUCUCCGCCCGCCCCUCCGAGUCGAUGAUCAAGAAAUUCACCCCGCCACCAACCCCCUCCAACCCCGACCCGGCCCCGGAGUGCGGCACCAUCUGGAUCGAGUUCUGCCCGGAAAAGGCGUCGAUCGGCAUCAACGUCAUGAAGAAGUUCGUCGAGCACUGCGACGGCAACAACUUCAAGGCCGGCAUCCUCGUGACCGCCGUCGCCCUGUCCGCCCAGGCCCGCAAGGUCAUGACCGUCACCUCGCAGUACACGCUCAUCGAGUGCUUCCUCGAGGAGGACCUCCUCGUCAACAUCACCCACCACGAGCUCGUGCCCAAGCACGUCCUGCUCAGCCGCGAGGAGAAGAUCGCCCUGCUGAAGCGCUACCGCCUCAAGGAGACACAGCUCCCGCGCAUCCUGUCCAAGGACCCCAUCGCCCGCUACCUCGGGCUCAAGAAGGGGCAGGUCGUCAAGAUCAUACGGACUAGUGAGACCGCGGGGCGAUACGCCAGUUAUCGGCUUUGCGUAUGAGGCGGGAAUUCGAGGUGGUGGGGUGACAGAUAGAUAGACCGCGGGGUGUCAAUCACAGCGGCAGGGACAUUGCACGGGAGGUGCAUCAAACCCUCCGGUUAUUGGCCGCCCCAAAAUUAACCAAAAGAGGGCGUUUGCGUUUCGAUUAGGCUGGUUGGGCUUUGCAUUUUCUCGCGUUUUCGCGGCGUUUGGGGAGGGGUUUGUAGGGGCAUCAGCAUGAUUGGAGUCUCUCGCCAAUCUCGGCUGGAGGGACGCAACAUGGCGUCGUUUACUGCCUCAUGUACGUCGAGUCGAGUGGCCAUUUCGACAAUGGAUAAUGUCCGAUAGCAUGCGGUAGAUGGCAAUACAGGCCGGGCGGGGGCUGUCUCCAGCCCGCCGCCCUCAUUGUACAGCCCCCUUUGUGCUCGUCCUCCACUGGGUGAUCAUAAUCACCUAGUCCGCCUUUAGCCAGUGACUGUGGGCGUGUUC